AUGUCUCCCUCACUCUCACGCAAUCUUUUCAAGGUGGUCUCUCCGAUACUGCUCGUCAUUUUCCUCAUCUCUUUAUUCGGCUCCGCUUCUGCAGCAUCGUCCCCAUCACAGUCACCAUCCGUGGAGACCGAGCUCAUAUGCCACACAGACAACCCGGCGGAAUGUUAUCCAAAGGUGUUCUCUGCGACCGACGAGUUCCAAAUCAUCCGCGAUGACCAGGACCUGCCACCGGGCUUGCAUGUGCAACUCGAUAUGCAGACUGGACAAAAACAGGCAAAACUCUACAACCCAAAUGAGGACGAAAACCCAGCACUUGCGGGCCUGCCCGUUGACCAGGCUGUGAUGGUGAUAGAUCCGGAACCGUCACAAGGAGAGCCCCAGAUCCCCUCUGGCGCACCGGCGUAUGAGCCUGUCGGUGCAGUAAAAGAGCCGCGUGAGAAGGACGAGGGGUAUACCGAGGCCCUGCAGACGAUGAAGGAUUAUUCGGAAAACCCCCACUCAUUCGAGUCGAGCCCGCUGGACGAAGCACUCCAAACCCUCGAAGACCUGUCUCAUGAUAUGUACUACGGUUUGCAGAUUGCGGGGGACACCGAGGCCCUACAAGCUCUGCUCUGUCUUCUCACCAAGCGGGAUGUGGUGCAGGCUGAGGCGCGACAGCUGACAGACCGGCACGAUUUCCUUGCAUCGUCGACGUUGGCCUCGGCCGUGCGAAACAAUGCUCCUGCCCUUCAAGCGCUCGAAAAAUCGUGGGAUGCGGUCAUGGAGAAGCAGUGCCACUUCCACUCUCAACCCUUGAGACACGAACUAUACCACAAGCUAGCACCCACAACCGAGCCGGGGAGCAAAGGAGAGUCUCUGGAAGCAGAUUUCAUCGGCCGGAAUCUCGCCGCCUUACCCGGGCUCCUCAAGAGCCCAAAGAUCAGGGCCGAGUUCCUGGAGAACGACGGCAUGCGGAGCUUCCUCAAGAUCCUCCUCCGGGAAGGAGCGGACUGGGAUCCCAGAAGGCCCAAAGUUGCCAGCAUCGUGUCCGACACCUUCCUCGACGAGGCCCUCGGAGCGAGCCUGGGGAUCUGGCCCACUCGAGGGCCUGCCGAUGCCAGUGUGUGUGCCGCAGGGGGUCCGGAGUGUCUGGAUGAAGGGUGCUGGGAGUACCACCUGGAGAAGAUGAGCGGUGAUCCGCAAUGGAGUCGCGAACUCCUGCUAUUGUUGAAGCAGGGACGACCUGAUGGUUCUGAAGCUGCGACUCCGCCAAUACACAAUGAACUAUAA